AUGAAUUCCACUAGCAACACUACAAUUACCUUCAACACCACUCAGCCGGCAGCUGCACCAUCAGGCUGGACGCCCGUCCUGGUCAUGAUGGCCCUCAUUGCUGGUAUCUCAUUUUCAUUAAACGCCGUCAUGCUCCUGCUACAGUUCCUCCCGCAAACCCGCAUCACAUCCUUCACCGUGUACUUGAUUGCCAUAUCCAUUGGAAAUCUCGGCUAUUUAGCCAUCGUCCGGCCGAUCGGGAUUAUGACCACCGCAACGGGAGCAUUCCCCGGCGGUUUGGUAUUAUGUAUGUUUUACAUGUACGUGCAGUUUGUCAUCUGUCAAUUGCCGGUACUGGUGCACGCCCUCAUCUCCAUCAACCGGUUCUGGGCGAUCAGGUACCCCGUAUCCUACCGGCAUCGUCAUCAUAAAAAGAUGGCCAUUUCGUUGUGCGCCGGCGUGCUGCUGUACGUCCACGUGGUACAGUUUCCAAUGCUCAUGGUGGAAUACUUAAGUAUCAGUCCUAUCAAGGAAGGUUGCCAGGUGACCAGCGCCUCGUGGAUGCCCUGGCGCAUCGCCGAUAUCGUUCUGCAUCGCUUCAUACCACUGAUUCUGGUCAUUGGAAUUUACAUUUACAUUAUUGUCACGAAAUGGAAAAAGAAGCGCGCUGUUGAUCACCACGAAAUGAGCGCGGUCUCUACGCAGAACGACACGGUUUUCACGAAGGCGGAUAUUGUCGAGGAUGAUGAUGAGAGGGCCACCGAAAAGAAAUCCAAAGGGAAGAAGUCCCCAGGGAAGAAGCGGCAGGUUAAGCCGUUUAUCGUACUAACGAUGACCUCAGUUUCCGAGCUGCUGUGCUGGAUUCCGGCGGAUGUGUAUUGGACGAUGCUGUACGUGGGAUUCCGCUUACCCGGCUGGGCCUACACAAUAAUCAGUACUUUAUACAGUCUGCAAAUGAUUUUCGACCCUCUGAUGUGGAUGAUUAGUCUGAAAUAA